GUUGCUUGGUUACAGUACACUAAUUAUUUUUAAGAGGUUUAGUCGAGAUCGACCAUUGCUUGACAAUUAAAGUUGAUUUUCGUAGAUAAAUGGUUGAUUUGGGUUUUUUUAAGCGGUCUGGACUGUAAAGUGCAGUAUGCCUUAUGUGAAAAGACCCCCGACCGCAGAACCGCUAGUGAAACUUUGGGACAGAAAGGCUCAAAAAUAUGGACUUCAUCACACGGUGUAUUCGGUCAAUGGAGAUCAAUACACGGGCGAAUGGAUGGAUAAUAAGAAGCACGGAAAGGGAAAGCAGGUUUGGAAGAGAGCAGGAAUAGUCUAUGAUGGAGACUGGAGGUGUGGAAAGCGGGACGGGUUUGGAACUCUAAGCAGGAUGGACCCAGAAACCAAAGAGUAUACGAGGGUUUAUGUCGGGACUUGGAGGAAUGACAAGAAGGAAGGUGCUGGGUCUUAUUUCUACAGUGCAUCUGCGUUUUAUGAGGGCCAGUGGAGUGGAGAUGAGAGGAGCGGAUGGGGACGAAUGCAGUAUGAGAAUGGAGAGCUGUAUGAAGGAGAGUGGCUGAGGGACAAACAUCAUGGGGAGGGUUUGAUUUUGCUAGCUAAUGGAAACCGCUUUGUGGGCACCUGGAGUGAUGGGAAGAAGAACGGACAUGGCCAGUUGUUCUUCCUGGACAGAGGGCAGCUGUACGAAGGCUUCUGGGUUGACGAUGUUGCUAAAUGUGGAAGCAUUUCUGAUUUCGGAAGAGAAACAGCAGUCAGACCGACAGUCUAUCCCAUCCCCAAGGUUUGCCUACAGGACUCACAGGCUGUGCUGAUGGAGGCACAGGCAUAUUUCACUGAGGAUGAGGAGAAGUCAGCAGAGAUCACCGAGUCGGUUCAUAAGCAGUAUUCACCUUGAAAAUGUCCUGAAGUCAAGAAAGGCAGACCUGUGCAGUGAAACACGGUUUAUCAACGCCUCAGUCAGCUUACACUCACAAUAAACACACACCAUACAUGAAAAAGCAGAUGAUACAUUAUGCAUCUAUUAACAAUUUACAAAAUGCUCAUCUCAGCAGGUCACGCACACAAUAUAAAAGAGCACAAAAAA